AUGUCCGACGCCCCCGCCCCCGACGCAUGCGCACCGUCCUUGAGCGAAAGCCAUUGGGGACUCCGUAUCGGCGCAAUCUUCAUCAUCCUCGCAACGAGUGCAAUUGGUACCUUGCUCCCCAUCCUCCUCCACCGUAGCAGUGUCGUCCCCCGCGCGGUCUUUGACUUCGCAAAGUACUUUGGCUCGGGCGUAAUCAUAGCCACAGCUUUCAUCCACCUCCUCGCUCCGGCCUUUGACGCCCUCGGAUCAGAAUGCCUAUCCGGCAUCUGGCACGACUACGACUUUGCCCCGGCAUUCGCCCUCAUUGCCGUCUUUGCGAUGUUCUUCGCCGAAGUGGCCGCCUAUCGCAUCGGAACGAAAAAGCUCCUCAAAUUAGGCAUGGUCUACUCGACCCAUGUCGAGGACGAAACCGACGCCCACGCCCAUUCACACCAACAUGACCCACCGCUCGCGGUCGUGACAUCCGGCCCAUCUCUCCCAGGCCACGUCCACCCCGCUGCGGAUCUUGGCGCAGCAGAGGCCGGUCAUGGCCACGGAGUCAAGAGAGAGGGUGGUGACAGUGACUCGUCCUCCCUCUCUCCGGCGCCUAGCGAGGCCGAAGCCAGUGCCCAACUCGUCGCAGUUGCUGUCCUAGAAUUCGGAGUCAUCCUACACUCGAUCAUUAUCGGCCUGACACUUGCCGUGUCUGAACAAUUCAUCAUCCUAUUCGUCGUCAUUGUCUUCCACCAGAUGUUUGAGGGGCUUGGUCUUGGAUCGCGACUGGCUGGCCUGCACCUCGCCCCAAAACUUGGUUGGGCGCGAUACGCUGCCGCCCUCCUUUAUUCUAUCUGCACGCCAAUCGGUGUCGCUGUCGGCCUUGGGAUACGGCACGGAUACAACGACAAUGGCGUGGCCAAGCUCAUUGUGAGCGGAGUACUGGACGGGGUGUCGGCCGGUAUCCUGCUUUACACGGGGUUGGUGGAACUUCUCGCACACGAAAUCCUCCUCAAUCCUCGCAUGAUGCAGAGCUCGAACGGCAAGCUCGCGUACGUGUUCUUCUGCAUGUCGCUUGGGGCGGGCCUUAUGGCGCUGCUUGGGCGGUGGGCAUAG